GGACGCGCCGGCCGGCCCUUGGCUGCUGCCGCGCCCAGGACUUCCAGUGGCCUCCCGGGAGCUGGGCAAGGGGAGUCCUUGAGCGAUCUACGGAUGGAGGAUAAGCCACGGAGAAGGCUAGACCUGCGGUGGGCUCCCAGGUCCUUCCGUGCUCCCGCCCCACUGGUCCGUGCCUAAGAACUGUGCUCCUGGCCAAGGGCAGAGAGCCAUGGAGGAGCCCGGCACGCAGUGCGCCCCGCCUGUGCCGCCGCCUGCGGGCUCCGCGACCGCGGUUCAGGAGGCCAACCUCUCCGUCCCUCGCUCCCCCAACUGCAGCGCCCAAGGCUACAUUUACCAGGACUCGGUUGCGCUGCCCUGGAAAGUGCUGUUGGUCAUCCUGCUGUCGCUGAUCACCUUAGCCACCACGCUUUCCAACGCUUUCGUGAUUGCCACUGUGUACCGGACCCGGAAACUGCACACCCCAGCCAACUACUUGAUCGCCUCCUUGGCGGUCACCGACCUGCUCGUGUCUAUCCUGGUGAUGCCGAUCAGCACCAUGUACACGGUCACCGGACGCUGGACGCUGGGCCAGGCGGUGUGCGACUUCUGGCUGUCGUCGGACAUCACCUGUUGCACCGCUUCCAUCCUGCACCUCUGUGUCAUCGCGCUGGACCGUUACUGGGCCAUCACGGACGCGGUGGAGUACUCGGCCAAAAGGACUCCCAAGAGAGCAGCGGGCAUGAUCGCGCUGGUCUGGGUCUUCUCCAUCUCCAUCUCCCUGCCACCCUUCUUCUGGCGCCAGGCCAAGGCCGAGGAGGAGGUGUCGGACUGCGUGGUGAACACAGACCACAUCCUCUACACCGUCUACUCCACGGUGGGCGCCUUCUACUUCCCCACCCUGCUCCUCAUCGCCCUCUAUGGCCGCAUCUAUGUGGAAGCCCGCUCCCGGAUUUUGAAACAGACGCCUAAUCGCACCGGCAAGCGCUUGACCCGAGCCCAGCUGAUAACCGACUCCCCUGGGUCCACAUCCUCCGUUACCUCCAUUAAUUCGCGGGCCCCCGACGUGCCCAGCGAAUCGGGGUCUCCGGUGUACGUGAACCAAGUCAAAGUGAGGGUCUCCGACGCCCUGCUGGAGAAGAAGAAACUGAUGGCCGCUAGGGAGCGCAAAGCCACCAAGACCCUGGGCAUCAUACUGGGAGCGUUUAUUGUGUGUUGGCUGCCCUUCUUCAUCAUCUCCCUGGUGUUGCCUAUUUGCCAGGAUGCCUGCUGGUUCCACCUGGCCAUCUUUGACUUCUUCACAUGGCUGGGUUAUCUCAACUCCCUUAUCAACCCCAUCAUCUACACUAUGUCCAAUGAGGACUUCAAACAAGCAUUCCACAAACUAAUCCGCUUUAAGUGCAUACUACGUUGACAUGUCAUUUGCAGUGGGGUCGCCCAAGUGGCCUUUGGGGACCCUGUUGGGUCUGGUUUCUGCAGGUAAGGUCGACUCUUCUUUCACUGUUAACUGGGUCAGAAGGAGUCUCUCCCGGGCCAGGGCAGUGGAUCCUGAGACCCCAGGACAGCCUCCCACCCCACAGAGAGAACACUGAAAGGAGAACUGGUCAAAGGAGUGCAGGGCUUUCCUGCUAAGGAGGAGGCGCCUUGCCUCCCCCAAGCCUCCAGCUCAGCACUGACCUGGCAGCAACCAAUCUGAAGGGGGGCUGCCUCUCUCUUUGUAAGUUGAUGGAAAGGUGAUCUUUGUCCAGCUUUGGUGGCAUGGAUGAUGACCUCUAGAGCCUGUGGUACUUAGACUUGUCUGACGCCUACAGAUGAGACAGAUCUACACGCAGCCUGGCAGUUACUUGAACUAGAUGUUUAAUUCCCUUUGUUGCGGGGAAACUUUGUGUUACGACUCCGCCUAUGAAGAGUUACUUGGGCAUCCCUCAAUCUUCAGUUUUCGUUGAUCUAAACUUGGUUGGAGGAGCUUGUGGAUUUGGGGCUUCAAACCUUAAGUGAGGCUUGGAUGGUGCAGAGAAACCCCGAAGAAUUAACAACAAAAUCCUGAUGUUAAAUCUGUUUUUAUGACAAUUGAUAUGGAGUGGGGUGGGUGUUCGGAAUGGUAGAUGGGGAGAGUUAACUGAGAACCAACACCUCUGAUUGUUUUCUGCAGAUUUCUUCCUUUCCCAUUCCUGAUUAGUGAUUGUUGAGCCACAUUUUUCACAACACAUACAAGACGUGGUGUGUGCUAGUGCCAAAGUCUGCUGAUGGCUUUAUUUCUCCUUCUAACUUCAUGUGCCUGUCCUUUUCCACGUUUAAAUCACCAUACAUGGAGGGUGUGCUGGGUGACUCAGCCCAAACAGCUGCUACCAAUGGAAUCAUGCAAAUUGAUUAAUCUUACAGAAAUACUGCUCUUCAACGAGAAGCAUUUAUUUGUUUCUUAUCCAAGUCAGUGAAAUGUGAAGGAGACCGGUGACAUAGGAAUGAUUCUUAUGUGACUUAGGAAUGGAGGGCAUUAGGAGAAUGUAUAUUUUGACUUGUAAAAAACAAUCUACAAUGCAUGAGACUUUUUCCUGACAGUCCUUUGCACUCUCCAUCUGUAAUUCCCUUGUAUGCUAACAUGUAACGUAACCAAGAGAAGCGGCUCUCAUCUGGACAAUGCAGGCAAAGCCCUCACAAGUAUAUGAAAGCAAAACCCAAACAUAGCACCUGUUUCAGUUCCUGGCUGUUGAAGGUUGGGCACGAACAAAGACUUACAAAAUGACAGUGCAAAAGCUUUAGAAAAGUGCAGCAGCGCUAACAUUGCACCUGUUUUCCUUGUGACUCCUGGGACAAACCCUGAGGUUUACGAGGCAGUCAGAAAACUUGGGAAGCCUCUGCACCUUGUCACUGACUUGACACCUCAGGGGUGUAAUAUUGGAAAGAUUUUCAAGUGUACGUGCCCUUUCAAAUUUCAACAAGACUUAGAUGUUGUCUGAGAUGCACCCAAGAUUUGGGUGUUAUCUGAAAUUUACUGUGAGGACUUCACAGUACAGGGAAAGAUUACCCCUGAAAAAUGAAAAGCAAAAGGGAAGCAUUAUCUAUAUAUAAAAGCACUAGUCCCAAAGAAUCAUAUGCACAGGGGGAAAAAGUGUCUUAUGCAGUGUAUUAGGUACUCUCCUAAUCUCCAGAGAAGCUCCACACCCCAUUCUUCAGCGUGGCUCCUUGCACCUGAUAACCUUUUGUCUCUAGAAGCAAGUUGUCUUUGUAAAAUGGAGUCUUUCUCUGCUUGAAUCUCCCCAGUCCAAAUUGUCAGACAAUGGAUGUAUUCAGCUAAAGUACACAGCCUGCCUACUUGGGCAGAGUUCUGCUCUGGGGAAAUGACUUAAAAAUAUACUUUUCAAAAGUGCAAAUGUGAGCAAAGGACCAAAAGGGAAUUUUGAUCACCAUUUAUACCUGCUACUGGAAUAAGAUAAACUUUUCAGCAUUAGCUAAUCCUGUAUUUCACCUGGACCCCCAAGUUUCUGCACUCAUUCAUUGCUUGUGAUAUUUCUCCUAUGGAGAAAUCUAGCUUGCUACUGGUAGGAAUGUGCAUAAAGCCCGGUGUUUGUUGUGUUUUAAUAUGUUUGUCUUCUGUUUAUGCAAUUUGUGUUUUCUUUGGGUCUACAAGGCAAUUUAGUCAAUAUCUAGGAGCCUGAGAGGGGAAACAUGGAAACAAUGACGAAUAUUUUCCUUACAGGGCACCUGGAAUGACCGUGUCCUCCCUCAUAUUAGUAAAGCACACUUUAGUCCCAGAGGAUCUUUGCCAUUUUGUAGAUUACCCAUACCAAUUUUUGCUUGAAUAUUUGGCUGACUUGAUCAGAGUUUGGAGCAUAUUGUGUGAAAUAGAAGCUUGCAAACCUUGUAGUUUUAAGAGCUCAAGAAUCAUCCUCCAGCAUUGCACAUGAUUAUGCAAAGUAUAUUAUUCAUCCCAGGAGUAUGUAGUUAAGACUGUUAAACUCCUUUUCAGUUACAGCUACCUAUAGCAUAGUUUGUUUUAUAAACUAGACACUUGGCUGUUUUGCAGAUCAUAAAAUGGAAGAUGGAAAUGAUUAACUUUGACAGAAAUGAAAAGUUAGUUUCAUUGGCUGUGAUGAAGAUAGUUUUCCACAGUGCUUAAUUGCACAGAUUAUCACACAAAUAUAUGAAUGUAUACUCAUCCAGAGAUACCACUACUGUCUUGCAUUUCUAGGGAUUUUAGAGUUUCCUUUAUGAAAAAUGGACACUGCACCAUGGGUGGAUGGUAACUGAGUUCAACAAAUUUCCUACAGAAAAGUAUUCUUCACUUCUCCUUUGUGACCUUAAUUUUCUCUUUAAUCAGGAAACCCUAAAAGAACUAUAAUUUACUCAAGUAUUGAAAUCUCAGAUUAUGUGUAUUUGAUGGCGUUGCUGUGACUGAAAAUUGCCUUUGGUAUUUCACCUUCCAACAACUGUGUAAUAGGAAAUGAAAUUUAAGA